AUGUUCAAGUGGCUUCUACUGACUACGCUUUUUGGAGCGUUACUAUUCAUAAAUACAUGUAAAGCUGAAGAUGAAACUGAUACAUCGAUACCACCAAAAGUUGAUGAUGAUAUUGGAAAGCAUACUGAUGGAUCAAAGACAGACGAUGAAGUUGUUCAAAAAGAAGAAGAAGCAAUUAAAUUAGAUGGUUUAAGUCCAAAAGAAUUUCGAACACUAGUCGAUGCAUCGGAAAAACAUCAAUUUCAAACUGAAGUUAAUCGUAUGAUGAAAUUGAUUAUUAAUUCAUUAUACAAAAAUAAAGAAAUCUUCUUACGUGAACUCAUAUCAAAUGCAUCCGAUGCGCUUGAUAAAAUACGUUUUCUUUCACUUACUGACAGAAGUGUACUUGGUGAUAAAGAAGAAUUAACAAUACGUAUUAAAAUCGAUAAAGAAAAUCGCAUGUUACAUAUAACCGAUACUGGUAUUGGUAUGACAAAAGCUGAUCUCAUUCAGUUUCUUGGUACAAUUGCUAAAUCGCAUACAUCAGAAUUUUUCAACAAAUUUCAAGAAGCACAACAAGAUGGCGUGUCAAUGAGUGAUCUUAUCGGACAAUUUGGCGUUGGAUUUUAUUCAAGUUUUCUUGUCGCCGAUAAAGUUAUUGUUACAUCAAAAAAUAAUGACGAUGAUCAAUAUAUUUGGGAAUCAGAUUCGAGUUCAUUUAAUGUAUUUAAAGAUCCACGUGGUAAUACACUUGGUCGUGGUACAACAGUCAGUCUUCGUAUAAAAGAAGAAGCCGGCGAAUAUUUAGAAGCAAUAACACUAGAUGAAAUUAUUCGUAAAUAUUCACAAUUUAUUAAUUUCAAUAUUUAUUUAUUGAAAUCACAAACUGUUGCAGAACAAGUACCUGAUAACGAUGCUGCUGCCGAAGAGCAAAAAUCAACUGAAUCUGAUAAGAAAACAGAUGAUGAUGCUGCUGUUGAAGAUGACAAGGAAGAAGACAAGAAAAAGAAAACAAAAACUGUUGAUAAAACUAUUUGGGAAUGGGAAUUAAUGAAUGAAAACAAACCUAUUUGGCAGCAAAAAACAUCUGAUGUCACUGAAGCCGAGUACCAUGCAUUUUACAAGUCAUUUACAAAAGAAAGUGAAGAUCCAAUGAUCUACAGUCAUUUUACUGCCGAAGGUGAAGUUACAUUCAAAUCAAUUCUGUAUGUUCCAAAAGCUGCACCCUUUGAUUUAUUUUCAAAAUAUGAUAAGAAAACUGAUGCUAUUAAACUCUAUGUUCGUCGUGUAUUUAUUACUGAUAAUUUCGAAGAAAUGAUGCCAAAAUAUUUAUCAUUUAUUCGCGGUGUUGUCGAUAGUGAUGAUUUACCAUUGAAUGUUUCACGUGAAAACCUACAACAAUCGAAAUUAUUAAAAGUUAUCAAGAAGAAACUCGUACGUAAAGCAUUAGAUAUGUUAAAGAAAAUUUCUGCUGCAGAUUAUGAAACAUUUUGGAAAGAAUAUGGUACGAAUAUUAAAUUAGGUGUUAUCGAUGACUCAGCAAAUCGUACACGUUUAGCUAAAUUACUUCGUUUUAUAAGUUCAAUAUCCGGUGAAAAGCAAGUCAGUCUCGCACAAUAUAUUGAACGUAUGAAACCAAAACAAGAAAAUAUUUACUUUAUUGCUGCUACGUCUAUUGAUGAAGCGAAAAAAUCUCCAUUUGUUGAAAAUAUUUUGAAGAAAGGUUACGAAGUUCUCUAUUUAAUCGAUCCUGUAGACCAAUAUUGUUUGCAAUCAUUACCUGAAUAUGAAGGAAAAAGAUUUCAAAACGUUGCUAAAGAAGGUUUCGAAUUAGAUAAAUCGGAUGUCAAGAAAGAAGAGCAAAAGAAACAUUUAGAGAAAACAUAUGAACCAUUAUUGGCAUGGCUUAAAGAUAAACUUAGUGACAAAAUCAGUGAUGCCAAAGUAUCGGAUCGUCUUGUUCAAACACCAAUGGCACUUAUUGCAUCACAAUGGGGUUAUGAUGGAAAUAUGGAACGUAUAGCACGUGCACAAGCUUAUCAAAAGAGUGGUGGAGAUACAACAAUGAAUUAUUAUCUAAAUCAAAAAAAAGCACUAGAAAUCAAUCCUUAUCACCCAUUAAUUAAAGAUUUACUUCGUCGCGUUGAAGAGUCAAAAGAUGAUACAACAGCUAUUGAUUUAGCUAAUGUUAUGGUUGAAGCAGCAACACUCAGGUCAGGUUAUGAUCUUCGAGAUUCAGUCGGUUUUGCUGAUCGUAUUGAAUCAAUGUUACGUCGAGCUAUGGGCAUUUCAUUGGAUGAAAAAGUUGAAGAAGAACCAACGGAUGAAGAAGACCAAGUGAAAGUCGAUUUCAAUGAAGAUAAAAAUGUUAUCGACGGUGAUGAUGAUGAUGAUGAUACAAAUGCAAAAACAGCGAAGUCACAUAAAAAACAUGGUGAUCUGUAA